AUGACAGCGGCCAGCAGUCCUGUCAGCAGUCCCUUCUCUUCCCACUCAUCACCCGCCUGCUUGCCAGCAUGCCCUCAAAGAAAAUCCGACAACACCCGGACCCCACUGCACCUGCGCUCGGCACCGGGCGCGUGGCUAAUGGUGGGCGUAGUGGUGGUGCUGGCGGGGAUGUGUGUGGCCGUUGCGGGGUAUGUAUCAGCGCCACCGAGGCCCAUCGGCGGCCGCGGGUCCAGCCACGUGGACAGGAUGAAAUUGGCCGGGCCUGUGGUGAUGGGCAUUGGCCUGUUCAUCUUCAUAUGCGCCGCCACCCUACUCUAUGAGAACCGGGAUCGGGAGGUGCACAGGCUAGAGAUGUGCGACGACUUUGAGAACUUGAAGGAGGACCUCGGGUGGGAGGACUCGCAAGAGCGUGCUAGUUUCAGUAGUCAAGAACAGUGGGAGAUUAGAGAUGAGGAGCAGGAGUGCUUUAUGCUACCUCUUUCCAAUGAGGACUGGAGCCUCUUCCCCUCUCCACUUUCGUUUGCGUGCCAGAACCUUGAGGACAUCAACCGAUCACCCUUACGUCAUCUAGAAACAGAGGACGUGGCUGAAAGUGAGGGCAGAGCAACACAUCUGGCUCGGGUUCUACACCACCAGGAGCCAAGUCCUCACUCGUCCUCCCCUGACCCAUCCGAUCUUCAGUCCUCCACCUUCCCAGAUGACUCAAGUGAGAGUAACAUUCACCCACAGAUCGGCCCUGCAGUUCCUGAACACUGA